AUGACCAACACGCACAUCCUUAUGACGACUGGCACUGGCGUCGGAAUUUUUUUUUUCGUGUUGAAAAUAAUUUCAAUCCUACACGGUGUCCGGCAACUAUGUAGGUAUAUUUUUAUCUCCGUUGUCGGACAGAGCCCAGCGGGUGCCCAUUGUAAAUCAAGUGAAUCGGCUCGCCGGCAGGCUCUGCCUUCAAAACAAAGUUUUAUCAAUACUGCAACACUCUCACCACGGCCCAACUACUUAUGUACUACCUAA